UGUUUGCUACUCUGUUUUCAGAGCUGAGCUGUUGCUUUCCAAACCUGCGAUUGUUGUGAUCCCUCCAAUAACUGGCACGAUGGUGAACAGAAUUAACAAGGUGGAUUUUCACUACGUGGCUAACAACGCUGCUCAUCGCACCAUUGAAAUUACAACAAAGCAGCUGAUUGUUAGGCGUGGCCAGCCCUUCCUGCUGACCCUGGAAAUGCUGCAGUCUUUCAGUGUUGGGGACACACUCCUGCUCACUGUGGAGACAGGUCCUGCUCCAUUAGAAAGACAUGGAACACGUUCUCAGUUUGGUAACCCAUCUCCCAAAUAUCCCCGUGAUGCCAAGGCAGUAUGGAAGUACGAGAUUGACAGGAGGGCUGUCCUGGAGAGGGGCAUUGUGGCUCUCUCUGUGACCCCACCAAUUGACGCUCCUGUGGGGAAAUACUCCCUGUCUGCAAUGACACAUGGUGAAACAAAAAAUCUGGGAACCUUGGUGGUGCUCUUCAACCCCUGGUGCUCUGAUGACUGGAUGUAUCUUCCCGAUGACAGAGAAAGACAAGAAUAUGUGAUGAAUGAAGAGGGAACCGUCUACACAGGAACAUCAGACUGCAUAAGUUCUCUGCCCUGGAUCUUUGGACAGUUCGAGGAGGAAAUGGUGGACAUUUGUCUCAAGAUACUGGAUGCCAACCUCAAACACAGGAAAGACCCAGCUGGUGACACCUCUGCUCGUUGUAACCCCAUCUAUGUUAGCCGUGUGAUCAGUGCCAUGGUCAAUUCCAAUGAUGAUCAAGGUGUACUAGUGGGACGCUGGGAUGGGAACUAUAGUGAUGGAUGCAGCCCCACCUACUGGACUAGUAGUGUUAGCAUCCUUCAGCGCUGGUUUCAAAACUGCUGCAGUCCUGUUAAGUACGGACAGUCCUGGGUGUUCGCUGCUAUAAUGUGUACAGUGAUGCGAUUCUUUGGUAUUCCAUGUCGUGUCGUCACCAACUUUCAGUCUGCUCAUGACUCAAACAAUAGCCUCACUAUUGAUGAAUAUUAUGAUGACUAUGGAGUCAGUAGCAAGGAGACCUCUGAAAGUGUCUGGAACUUCCAUGUGUGGGUGGAGGGAUGGAUGAAACGACCAGACCUCAUGAAAGGUGGUAUCUAUGAUGGCUGGCAGGUCUUGGAUCCCACUCCACAGGAAAAAAGUGAAGGUGUGUUCUGCUGUGGUCCAGCCCCAGUCAAUGCUAUCCUACGUGGUGACACAGACGUCAAGUAUGAUGUACCAUUUGUCUACGCUGAGGUCAACGCUGACAUUGUCAAAUGGAUGAUCAGUCCUGAUGGUUCAAAGAAGAAAAUGUACACUGACACCAGGUCAGUGGGUCAGAAAAUCUCUACCAAGGCUGUUGGUUCCUGGAAAAGGGUUGAUAUCACUGACAGCUACAAGCACAAAGAAGGCACCUCAGCGGAGAGAGCCAUCUUUCAUCGUGCAGUCAGAAUGAACUCAAAAGAAGGUCAUGGAUGUGACAUAGAAGAGGCACCCCAGUAUGUGGAGAUGAGAAUCGAACAGGAGACCAAAGUGAUAAAUGGUCAGGACAUUAAACUCAGGCUAAAGCUGAGCAGUAAGGAUCACACCAGUAAGGAGAUGACCAUCCGUAUCAAUGCCCAGGCCAUGAGGUACUACGGCAAAAUGGCGGGCAACAUCCUGAACAAAGUCCAACUGGUGACACUGCUGUCUGGACAAGAUGUGACCAUACCUAUCCAGAUCCCCUUCGCAACUUACAGUAAAUAUAUGGUGAACUGUGACAGCAUAAAGGUUUCAGCAGUGGCCAGCGACAGCGAUGAAUACUACCAAACUGAGACCAACUUCACCCUAGAGCAACCAGUCAUCUCCAUGAAGGCUUUGGGUCCAAUCCAAGUGGACCGUGAAAUGACGCUGCAGGUGGAAUUUACUAAUUCGCUCAAUGAGAAGCUGAGAAACUGCUCCCUGACGGUCAACGGAUGUGGCCUUUUCAAACCAGCCUAUGUAGGAAGUGAAAUGUAUGAUCUGAAUCCAAAAGCCAAGCUGCAGCUCACAAUCAUCACGACUCCCUACAAGGUCGGACCGAAGACUGUGGUGGCUAACUUCAGCUGCUGCACCUUCAGAGACACAAAGAGCACCUACAUUGUUGAAGUGAAACCAUGAAGCUCUGGUUUCAUUUACAGCUUCUUGUGUUCCUGUUUCUUUAUAUACUUUGAAAUUAAGAUAGAUUAAUCUAAUUAAUCUCCUUAUUAUCAUUCAUGUUGUGGUGUAGGUAGCUUUUUUUUCAUAGGGUGGGAUAUAAUGGACUAGAAACAAAUCAAAUUUUCUUCUAUCGUUUUAAAUAGAAUAUAAUUUGGUGUAAAUGAUUGUGAGACCAUUGUGAACUUGUAGUUUAUCAUAUCAGCAGUAAGCAUUUAAAAUAAUGAAUUUAAAUACAUUUUUAAAAAGCUGUUCUCUGUGUAGGAUCAAAUAUUUAGAACAUGAAAUGGAAUAUAUUAAAGUAACAAAAAAUAAAAUCAAUCUUUGUCUUUAUUGUCUUCUAUAAUCCUAAUUCCCAGUCUGUUCUCUGGGAACAUCUCUUUUUCCAGAGAUAAUCAUAUAAAUUGUCAGACUAACAUUAACAGAAAUAGCAUAACAUAGUCAUAAAGGACACUACUAUACAAUUAUUUGUUGACAACUAAUCAAAAUAGAAUACUAAAAUAUGUUAGUCAAUUUUUCAGUACAUUCGGACAUCCCUACUCAGCUUUCAGCCAACUGGUUCUUACUGAAUAUGUCAAGUGUUAAAGAUGAUGGCGCAUUUGAGGCUGAGUCAAACUCAUUUCAGCAUGUGGUUUGUUUCUAAUCAGAUUGCAUUAACAUUAGCACUGGUGAAUUUCAAGUCUUACUUAACAUAACGUGCUGUAAUUACAGUCUCCAUUGUUGUAUAUAAGUACAAUAAAGCGAAGUCUGAUUUAA